AUGUCUGACAAGUAUGAUAAGAAUUUUAGGAAAUACUUUGAUAAUAGGGUUGCAUCCACACCAUGGUGUUCUUUUGGACAGCAAGCUGAUUCAAAGCAUGAUGAUGGGAAGGGUUCAAAUGGGGGUGAAGAUAAUGAUUCGGAUGAAGAUUAUGGGUCUUGUGAUGACUUAUUUAGUGAAAAUGAAUAUGAGGAUGAAGAGAGUAAACGUCCAAUCCAAAAGGACAAGGCCUGGAAUGCAAAGAGAAAAGCUUUGGAAAAAAUCCGGGGAAAGAUUACAGAACAGUAUGCUAAAUUAAAAAGCUACAUGGCUGAAAUUAAAAGGUCUAAUGCUGGGACAUCCAUUGAAGUGAUAUACGAAGAUGAUGAACCUGAUAGAUUAGAGAUGUACAAGGAGAAGGCUGCAAAUUUUAGUUGCGAUUAUGUUGCAUUAGUAAGGCGGAGUGAGAUGGUGAAGGCAAUUGAAGAACGACAGCUUCGGGCAUUGAGUGAAGUAGCUAUGAAUUUAACUCGGACUAACGGAAUAGAACAGCAGGAGAUAGUGGUCUCCCAACGUGCUGGUUGUGAUUUAACUACUCAUACUGUUGAAACACAUCCAAUCUUAAAACUUUCAAUGUCUUUGGAAGAGGAACACCUUUGUAAAAAUGAUAAUGGUGAUAAUGCUGAGUUGGAAGAGGAAACUGAAAUUUUAAAAGAGACUCCAAAUGUUGCUGAAAACAUGAAGGCAAAUGCUGCUAGUAUUAGCCAGGUGAAACAAAUACUCAAGUCUUUAACACCAGACAAGUCCACACCUGCGAAAACAAAAUUUAGAGCUGAAAAUGAAGGGACAAUUCUGGGGGAUGAUAAUAAGAUAAAGAAGGCAUCAAAACUGUUUUUGGCUCAAAUCGAAAAUGAACUUCCACUUCGUAGUAAUCAUAUGUGGGUUUACAGUGUUUAG